AAGGGCAGAGAGACAUCACUUCAUGAUGAAGUUGCUUUGCGGUUUUACCUUGUUACUAGCAGUUGCUGUUGCCUAUUACAUCUACAUCCCAUUGCCCAAGGAAAUCCCAGAACAAUGGAAACUGAUGGUGUUGGAUGCCAUAUUUCGAGGAGUUGUGAGUAUGGGAGAUGUUGCUCACUCACUAGGCUUGAGCCAUAGUGUCCACGUCAUCAACUCCGCCAUAGUCAAUUUCGAGAGUUUGGUGCCGAUCACAAACCAAGAGAUCCAGGCUGAAGAUAUCCUGUUUGAUGGGGUACAUGUGCGUGUAUACCACCCUCCUGGGCGGGAAGAAAAGCUGAGGAGAGCAGUUAUGUUCAUUCACGGAGGUGGAUGGGUCUUGGGUGCUCCAAAGUUGGGGUCAUAUGACAGUCUCUGCAGACAGAUGGCGGCUGAUCUGGACGCAGUGGUUGUGACGGUGGAUUAUCGCAUGGCUCCUGAUGUGCACUUCCCAGUGCAGUAUGAGGAGUGUGUGCAGGCCGCUAAACACUUCCUGAAGCCUGAAGUGCUGGCGAAGUACUCGGUCGAUCCUGAGAGAGUGGCAGUGUGUGGAGACAGUGCUGGAGGGAACCUGGCCACUGCAGUGGCUCAGCGGAUUGGAAUAGACAACAGUACUUCUGUGAAAUUCAAACUGCAGGUCUUGAUUUACCCAGUGCUCCAGGCGCUAGACUUCAACACAGCUUCCUAUCAGCAAAACCACAAUGUUCCAAUCCUCUAUCGCAGGCUAAUGGCCCGUUUUUGGUUGGAGUACUUAGACGCCGACCCUGACAUCGUGCACUCCAUUAUGAUGAACAAACACACCGCCCAAGACCAAAGCAUGCUGUCCUUACAUCGUACAAAGCUGAACUGGACUAAUCUCCUCCCCAAACGAGUGAUAAAACAUUAUAAGCCUGUUUUUCCGCUGACUGGCUCUCCUAGUAUCUUAAAGGAUGUACCAGCCUUAUUGGAUUCCAGAGCUGCUCCCUUACUGGCGAGCGACGAGGUUUUGCGUAUGGUGCCACGUGCUUACAUUCUUACCGGUGAGCAUGAUGUUUUGAGGGAUGAUGGGAUGAUGUAUGCCCGCAGACUGGAGCUGGCAGGGGUCUCUGUCACUAAUGACCAUUACGAAGAUGGUUUCCAUGGCUGUGUGAGCUUUGCUUUCUGGCCCUUACACUUCUCUGUGGGAAUAAGGGCAGUGCGCAAUUAUAUUGCUUGGCUUGACGAACAUUUGUAAGUAGCUGACAUGUAAGACGACAUACAUCUAAAAUGCGUCUAUUAUUAGAGAUUUCCAGAUUGUGAUGCAUUAUUUUGCAGCAUGACUGAUGAUUUAUAUUGUAAAUCAAGAAACUGAUACCGUCUUUCAAAUAACGACUAACACAUUUAAGCAUUUUUUUAAAACUAAUGUACUAAGAACCAAAUGACAAAGGAAUUUCUCUUGGAUAUAUCUAUACAUACUGACAUGAUUAAUAUCAGGUGCACAGAAUAUUUAAGUAUUCAAAUUAUACUUACAUUUCGUCUUUACUACCACCUACUGCACUCCCCAAACAGGUCAUAUUAUCAGCAUACAUUUCAUAACAUCUGUGCUAGACUUUCACUCCAAAGACCUGCAAUUAAAUGAGUUAUAUUUUUACUGUGAAACAUUGAGUGAAUAAAAGUAUGAACAUUGUAUUGAAGCUGCAAUAAAAUAAAAGCACAUUAUGGAAUAUUUA